UGGCAGUCCUGGACCAGUAUUUGAAGACGGGCGCCGUGCAGCUCAGUCUCCACGGGGCAUCCUCCUCAGUCGUUCUCGGGGUAGCAGCAGCAGCAGAUCUACAGACAUGGGAGACUCCGUGAAGGAAAAGAAGAAGAAGAGCAAGAAGGCAGCGGAGCCCGAAGAGGCUGCCCCCGCGCCUGCUGCCGCCCCUGCUCCCGCGCCUGCCCCCGCCCCUGCCCCUGCCCCUGCUGCUCCCAAGAGCUCGGCCAAGAAACGUGCCGUCCGCAGCACUUCCAACGUGUUCGCCAUGUUCACACAGCACCAAGUGCAGGAGUUCAAGGAAGCCUUCCAGAUGAUAGACCAGGACAAGGACGGUUUUAUCAGCAAGAACGACAUUCGUGCCACAUUCGACUCUUUGGGCAGGCUCACCAACGACCAGGAGCUCGAAUCCAUGCUCGCUGAGGCACCAGGACCCAUCAACUUCACCAUGUUCCUCACCAUCUUCGGUGAACGCAUCACGGGUGUCGAUGACGAAGAGGUGAUCGUCAACGCCUUCAACAUGUUCGACCAGGGCAAUGGCACCUGCAAGGAGGAAAAGCUUCGUCAGAUGCUUACCACUUUCGGCGAGAAGCUCAACGAGCAGGAGGCCAACGACGCCUUCAACGAAGCCCCUGUUGAUCGUGACGGCAACGUGGACCUAAAAAAAUUCGCCUCCAUCCUCACCAAGGGAGUCGAAGAAGAGGAAGGAGCGUAGAGCAUCACCUGCAAUUUUACAUCGUCUGUUUAAAUUUUCUGCCUUGUACAAUUCGAAUUCCGUCAAUAAUAAAUGUUCACCAUAUAACUGUUUA